UUCUGUUCUACUCUAUCUUCAUAUAUUCUAUUCUAUUCUAUUCUAUUCUAUUCUAUUCUAUUCUCCAGUGAGUGUCUGGGCUGUGGUUGAUGUCACUGUUUAACGGAGGUAACAGGUCACCAGCUGCAGUUUUAGUAAACAAGACGACUGUAAAAUGGCAAAAGAUCCUUUAAAAAGCUCCUGCUGAAUGGAGUUCAUUGAAUUUGUGCUGUUUUCCUGGGCUUUGGCUCUUCAGGGACUGAAUCUCAGCUUAGCGCUCAGUAGGGCAGUAGGCGACGGUCUGUACGUCUGCAGGAGUGUGUGUGUGUGUGUGUGUGUGUGUGUGAACGACAGCAGACUGUAAUAGUGUUAUUACCUCCAGCUCAUGUAGGGAUUUUAAGCGUGUAUCUCGAGAGCUCUCAGGGACGGAGCUCGCGUGCUUUUUAUUUCAAUAUGUAUCCGUUGUUAUUUUGCCGCCCGCUCCAUUAAUUUUGCCAUGACGUGUUCGCUAAUGUGUUUAACCUCAUACCUGCUCAGGAGGGUUCAAACACGCCAGGUGCACGUGCCGACCGCGAGUCCCUGUGGAUACUAAAGACACGAACGACUCGACACAGAAACACAUGUGACCUUACACACGCACCGUAACCUCUACAGUCUCAUGGUAAAUGUUGAGGACAGCAACGACAUGUUACCUAAAUCAAGACGAGCUCUCACCAUUCAAGAGAUCGCAGCGCUGGCUAGAUCUUCACUUCACGGUAUCUCGCAGGUGGUCAAAGAUCAUGUGACGAAGCCCACGGCGAUGGCGCAGGGGCGCGUGGCCCACCUGAUCGAGUGGAAGGGCUGGUGUAAACCCACCGACACUCCCAGCGCUCUGGAGUCCCACCUCACCUCAUACUCUCAUCUGUCCGAGGGCGAGCAGGAGGCGCGCUUCGCUGCCGGGGUGGCAGAGCAGUUUGCCAUUGCGGAGGCAAAGCUUCGUGCCUGGUCUUCAGUGGAUGGGGACGAGUCUAACGAUGAUUCUUACGAUGAAGAUUUUCUACCUGCAAAUGAUCCCGUUACACAGAGCACAGAUCUGUCCUCGUACCCUCAUUACCUGAGGGAUCUAUUACACACUCAGGUGUGUCAGGCUCACCUGCGGGGUCGAGGUCUGUGUGAGGCCGAGAGCGGGGUGGGAGCUGACCUUUCACCUCCUGUGGGGUCACCGGGGUCGCCGUCGGAAACGCUCUGCUCCAGCAUGUACAGCUUGGACGAGAGACACCCGUUGCUGCGGGACCUCGGCCGCCACGUGGACUCGCCCGCCGCCGACCUCACCGCCAAGAUUCUCAGUGCUCUUCAGGGAGGGGAGGAGCUACUGUUGGCCCGCCUACACAGGGCGGGGCACAGACGAGGCCACUCCCCCUGUUGCUUGGAAACAUAUUCCGAGACAUUCGAAGACGAGGACACGCCUUGUAAGGACUGUGGAGGCGGAGUCUGCCUUCCGCCUGAAUAUUCCGCACGUAGAAAGGUGUCGGACGUGGCCUCGUCUGGCAUCGUCUCGCUCGACGAGGAAGACGUGGACGCGGAGGAAGAAGAGCGAGAGGAACAGUGACGUCUCUCAGCCUGACGUGACGUGCAUGUUUAUUUUGGACUCCGCCCACUAAUUUGCAUUUUGCUCCGGGCGUCACUUGCUCUCGUGGUUUGAACUUUUAACUCUGUUUUUUCGUUAUCGACUUUCAACGCGAGACUGAAUUUUGGUUCUCAGGCUCUCAAAAAAAAAAGCAUCUUGAUGAACUAAAAAACAAAAGGUUUCACAAAAAGGAGGAACAUAAGACUGACGUUGACCUAAUUAUCGCUGCAUGUAUUGCAAGUGCCGAACUGAACUUAAAAUCAUAAAUGUUUGGAUCUGGACGUCCAGUUGUUUAGCACGGUUUGUGGAUUUGGCUGUUGUAUAAUCCUGCUCCUUAUGUGACAUCAGGCCCCAUUGCAUUCUGGGUCUUGAUCACAUGACGCCUGUUCCCUGGUCCCCGGUUGCAUCUUUUGGGCAUGGCUUGCUGACUACGUCAAACUCACUAUCUGAUCUGUCACUGUCGCUUAUGAAGCGACGCACGAAUGCAGAAUGUUUAUACCGUGACAGAAAGAUGUAUUUCAAAACAUAGAAUGCGUAAGAAUACUGACGAUCAAGUUAUGCUUUUUUUCUAUUAUUAUUAUUAUUAUUAUUAUUAUUAGGUAACACUUUAUUUUACAGUAUCCUUGUUACACGUGUUACAUGUACUUAUUAUAGUAAUAACAGUAAAUUAUGCAUAAUUACAUGCAACUAACCCUAAACCAAACCCUAACCCUAUAGUAAGUACAUGUCGUUAGUUAUUAUUAAUCAAUGCUUAAUUUUAUAAUUAAACUGAAACAAGGACACCUCAAAAUAAAGUGUAACCUUUUAAUAUUAUUAUAUUUAAUUUGAUUCAUAUUCUUGAAUGGAACUUUUUCACGUUUGGUUUAAUUUUUAAAAGCAUUAUUGUCUUAAGACGAACACAAUGAAUGUUUAGGAGUUGAUCCAGUGUUGUGGAAUCGAUGUGAGUUUCGCGCAGUUUGAAGGACUUUCGGAGAGUUGCUCUAUUUUUGUACUGUGUGGUUUUUGCGGUGAAUUGCCUAUUUGGACUAAGUGAGUAACGCUGUGGUUUGUUCACAAGAUGCUUGUUGAUUGCUUUCUUUCUUUCUUUCUUUAUUUAUUUCUCUCUCUCUUUCCGUCUCUGAAUUAUCACUGUGUGAUAUUGUCUACAUCAGGAAAAAAAAAUAAUACUAAUGUGAAAAAGAAACAAA